CUCUCAUUCCCCAUCUCUGUUUAAGCCUCCAAGCUGCUGGAUCUCGCUGUCGCCGAUUCGUCCACCGUCGGUAAGAUUAAUUUUGAUUUCGAAGGCUUUUGAGAAUCCAACAAUCAAACUUAGGAAAUCCGUCACCUACCGGAAACUUUUUUCUUAUAACACAACCCUCUAGGCAAUGCCUUCAAGAAGUGCCCAAAUCCGCCUUGUGAGCUCGCAUCCUGAGGUUUAUGAACCCUGUGAUGAUUCUUUUGCAUUGGUUGAUGCACUUCUUGCUGAUAGAACCAACCUGUUAGAGCAUCGGCCCACUUUGUGUAUGGAAGUGGGGUGUGGUAGUGGUUAUGUUAUCACUUCUCUGGCACUUAUGCUCGGACAGGAGACUCCUGAAAUUCAGUACAUUGCCACUGAUACCAACCCUUAUGCAGUCAGAGUGACGCGUGAGACGCUGGAAGCACAUGGGGUUCAUGCAGAGUUGAUAAACACUGACAUUGCUUCAGGAUUGGAGAAUCGCUUGGCAGGGUCUUUAGAUGUCAUAGUUGUCAACCCACCUUAUGUGCCAACACCUGAAGAUGAAGUGGGUCGUGAAGGAAUUGCCUCUGCUUGGGCUGGAGGUGAGAAUGGCAGGAGAGUUAUUGAUAAGAUUCUGCCAAUUGCCAACAAGCUUUUGUCAAAACGGGGUUGGUUGUAUAUGGUCACUCUUACAGCAAAUAAUCCUUCACAGAUAUGCCUUCAGAUGAGAGAGAGAGGUUUUGCUUCUAGAAUUGUUGUCCAAAGGUCAACAGAAGAAGAAAGUUUACAUGUCAUCAAGUUCUGGAGGGAUUUUGAUAUUCAGGCAGAUGCAAAGGAUGUAGUGACUACUAGCAGUAUACUUCCUGCAAGGGUCAUGGAUUUACUGCCUAGGUUGUCAUUUUGGAGAAGUGGCAGCAGCAAUAACAGCUGUUGAUUAGGAAGGUGAAAGAAAAAUUUAAGGUAUUCUCUUUUGAAAACCUUUUGUGCCUAAUCUGUUUUAUCGUCUGCCCAGAUUUUGAUACUUGAGUUGGUUCUUGCUUCUACCUUUUUUUGUUUAACAAUUAAUGUUUUUUCUUAUU